AACUUGAGUCUCACCCGACGGUUACCGGAGAAAGACACCUAACGUUGCCAUGAGCUUACGUUUUGCGGGGCGAUAAAUCCUUGACGGUACCUAUUUAUGACGGUCCUGAGAUGAUUCUCGGAGGAUGGUUAUAAAAAGACGCAAGUUGCAGGAUGAGUAAAUCUGGAAAUAUCGGAUUUGUGAUACUGUUUGUUUGUUGCUUUGAGUGAGUGGGUCACUGCGCAGUUUGUGGCUUAGUGAUUGUGAUUGAUAUGGCGGGCGCAUUCCGGUGAUCCCCGCCCCUACCUCAUAAUUGAUAUCUAGGUUACCCGCUGCUUCAACCUCCCAAGGGUGAAAAUUCCAACUCUCAAAGUGUGCCUUCUCAUCGAACGCUGCAAGCAAUAUUCAAACCCCCUUCUUAUACCUAACGAUGGCAUCUAGCAUACAAAUCUUGUCCAGCGCAAACUCGUCUCAGGUCGAGUGCACCUGCAAAGAUUACGGGCUGACUACCGCUGAAUUCAAUGAGUUGCACAAACGCAGCGUUGACGCCAAAUCGACAGCAUAUUGCCCAUACAGCCAGUUUCGCGUUGGCGCAGGUAUCAUGUCAGUCGAUGGGGCUUACUAUAGCGGUGCCAAUGUCGAAAAUGCAGCCUAUCCCGUGGGGACCUGUGCUGAGCGAGUGGCCUUCGGCAAGGGUGUGACCGAAGGCCAUCUGAAAUUCAAGGCUGUGGCCGUGGCCACGGAUAUAUCCCCUCCAGCCAGUCCCUGCGGCAUGUGCAGACAGUUCAUCCGCGAGUUUUGCGACCUCAGCAUACCUAUCAUCAUGUUUGACAAAAACGAUGACUUUAUCGUACGCCGACUAGAAGAACUCCUGCCCCUCUCCUUUGGCCCAGAAGCGCUACCACCACCAGGACCACGAACAUCAUAGGCUAUCAGACUCACAAGCACGAUUACGUGCAUACUGGGAGGAACUUGUACGAGUGUUCCGAACUGAUGGAUCUGCACUACCACGUGGGAAGCUUGAUCUGGCUGCAUCAGCCAGCAUUAAACGGCGACCC